AAAAAUAUAUUUUUAGAAUAUUUUUUUUUUUAGAACAAAGUUGAAGUAAAGUUGAAAUUGUACAGAAAUUGGGUUGAAUUCUUAAAGAAAUCUGUAUUGGGUUGAUCAGAAGCUGAUUGGAGUAAAAUGGCUGCUUCAGUUAGCUUAGGGGCGGGAUCACUUGUUUGGGUGCAAGAUCCUGUUGUAGCCUGGAUAGAUGGGGAAGUUUUAGAGGUCAAUGGUGCAGACAUCAAGGUUUCUUGUACUUCUGGGAAAACAGUGGUUGUUAAGUCUUGUAACCUCUACCCUAAAGAUGCUGAAGCUCCACCUAGUGGUGUUGAUGAUAUGACAAAACUUGCUUAUUUGCACGAACCAGGAGUUUUGCACAAUUUAAAGACUAGAUAUGAUAUUAAUGAAAUAUAUACAUAUACGGGGAAUAUACUAAUAGCGGUCAACCCUUUUAGAAGAUUACCUCACUUAUAUGAUAGCCAUAUGAUGGCCCAAUAUAAAGGUGCCGCAUUUGGAGAGCUGAGCCCUCAUCCUUUUGCUGUUGCAGAUGCAGCAUACAGACUUAUGAUCAAUGAAGGAGUAAGUCAAUCAAUAUUGGUAAGCGGGGAGAGUGGGGCUGGUAAAACAGAAAGCACGAAGCAGCUAAUGCGCUAUCUUGCUUACAUGGGAGGCAGAGCUGAAGCUGAGGGUAGAACAGUUGAGCAGCAAGUCCUGGAGUCAAAUCCUGUUCUGGAAGCAUUUGGUAAUGCAAAGACUGUCAGAAACAAUAACUCAAGUCGAUUUGGCAAGUUUGUGGAGAUCCAGUUUGACCAGAGAGGAAGGAUUUCAGGAGCCGCUAUCAGAACAUAUUUACUGGAAAGAUCUCGUGUUUGCCAAGUUUCUGAUCCAGAGAGAAAUUAUCACUGUUUCUACAUGAUUUGUGCUGCACCACCAAAGGAUAUUCAAAGGUACAAGUUGGAUAACCCUCAGUCAUUUCAUUAUCUAAAUCAAUCAAAUUGCUAUCAGCUAGAUGGGGUUGAUGAUUCAAAAGAAUACCUAGCUACUAGAAGGGCAAUGGAUGUUGUAGGAAUAAGUUCGGAAGAGCAGGAUGCAAUAUUUCGAGUAGUGGCUGCAAUUCUCCAUCUUGGAAACAUUGAAUUUACAAAGGGGAAGGAGAUGGACUCCUCAGCUCCCAAAGAUGAAAAAUCUUGGUUUCAUCUGAGAACUGCUGCUGAUCUGUUCAUGUGUGACAUGAAGGCUCUUGAGGAUUCACUUUGCAAACGUGUUAUUGUAACACGUGGUGAAACCAUUACCAAAUGGCUGGAUCCAGAAGCAGCAGCUAUCAGUAGAGAUGCUUUGGCAAAAAUAGUAUACUCAAGAUUGUUUGAUUGGCUGGUAGAUAAGAUUAAUAAUUCAAUUGGUCAAGAUCCAAAUUCGAAAUCUUUGAUUGGUGUGCUGGAUAUAUAUGGAUUUGAGAGUUUCAAGACUAACAGCUUUGAACAAUUCUGUAUCAAUUUGACCAAUGAGAAACUGCAGCAACACUUCAAUCAGCAUGUUUUCAAAAUGGAACAAGAAGAGUAUACAAGAGAAGAAAUUGACUGGAGCUACAUUGAGUUCAUUGAUAAUAAAGAUAUUCUGGAACUAAUAGAAAAGAAACCAGGAGGUAUUAUAGCACUCCUUGAUGAAGCUUGUAUGUUUCCAAGAUCAACUCAUGAAACGUUUGCACAGAAGCUCUAUCAGACUUUCCAAAACCAUAAACGAUUCAGCAAGCCCAAGUUGGCUCGUUCUGACUUCACUAUUUGCCAUUAUGCUGGUGAUGUCACAUAUCAAACAGAAUUGUUUCUGGAUAAAAACAAAGACUACGUUGUUGCUGAACAUCAGGCUCUCCUGAGAGCUUCAAAGUGUUCUUUUGCAUCUAGUUUGUUUCCAAAAUCAGUGGAAGAAUCCUCAAAACAGUCAAAGUUCUCUUCUAUUGGUUCUGGCUUCAAGGCAUGUUGCUUCUGUUUUCUAACGUAUUUUGCUCCUCUUUUCAUCUAUGCAAUUACACAGAGAUAUAUUGAAUCAUCACAUGUUCUUUUAUAUACUUUGCAGCAACAACUGCAGUCUUUGCUUGAAACUCUGAAUGCAACUGAACCCCAUUAUAUUCGAUGUGUGAAGCCAAAUAAUCUGCUAAAGCCCUCUAUCUUCGAGAAUCACAAUGUUCUGCAACAGCUGUGCUGUGGGGGAGUGAUGGAAGCAAUAAGAAUAAGCUGUGCUGGAUAUCCUACUCGGAGACCCUUUUAUGAAUUUUUAGAUCGCUUUGGCAUCCUUUCGCCUGAAGUUUUAAAUGGAAGUACGGACGAGGUCACUGCAUGCACACGCCUUUUAGAGAAAGUCGGCCUUCAAGGAUAUCAGAUUGGUAAAACAAAGGUGUUUCUAAGGGCUGGGCAGAUGGCAGAGCUAGACAGUCGCAGGACAGAGGUGUUAGGGAGAUCGGCGAGCAUCAUUCAGAGGAAAGUUCGUUCUCACAUGGCUCGAAGAAAUUUUACAUUGUUACGUCAGUUGGCAAUAAGGAUACAAUCGAUGUGCAGAGGAGAACUUGCUCGGCGUGUAUAUGAGAGCUUGCGGAGAGAAGCUGCUUGUCUGAAGAUCCAGACAGACAUGCGCAUGCAUCUUGCUAGGAAGGGUUACAAAGAAUUGUGCACUGCUGCCGUUUCAAUUCAGACAGGAAUGCGUGGGAUGGCUGCACUCAAUGAAGUACGAUUCAGGAGGCAGACAAAAGCUGCCAUUAUCAUUCAGAGUCAUUCUCGUGCAUUCUUGGCCCGGUUGAAAUACAAGAAACUCAAGAAAGCUGCUAUUACCACUCAAUGUGCUUGGAGAGCUAGAGUCGCUCGUGGGGAACUACGGAAACUUAAGACGGCUGCAAGGGAGACUGGUGCACUUCAAGCUGCAAAGAAUAAAUUAGAGAAGCAAGUUGAAGAAUUAACUUGGAGACUACAGCUGGAGAAACGCAUGAGGGCUGACGUGGAAGAAGCAAAAACACAAGAAAAUGCAAAACUGCAAUCAGCUUUGCAAGAAGUUCAACUACAGUUCAAGGAAACAAAAGAAAUGUUUGUCAAAGAACGUGAAACUGCAAAAAGGACGGCAGAGGAAGUUCCUAUUAUGCAGGAAGUUCCUGUUGUUGAUCAUGAAAUGAUGAACAAACUUAGUGUUGAAAAUGAGAAACUAAAGUCUUUGGUAAGCUCUCUAGAACAGAAGAUUGAUGAGACAGAAAAAAAGUAUGAAGAGACAAGCAAACUUAGUGAGGAGAGGUUGAGGCAGGUGUUGGAUGCAGAGUCUAUAAUUGUUCAGUUGAAGACUACUAUGCAAAGGUUCCAGGAAAGGAAUUUUGAUUUGGAAUCUGAGAACCAGAUUCUUCAGCAAUCUCUGUUAGCCCCUGCCAAGCAGGUUUCAGAUCAUUCACCUAGUUUGGCUUCCAAGGUGCAGAUAGAAGAAAAUGGCUACCACCUCAAAGAAGAAACUAGAACCAAUGAUCCACCAGGUUCAACACCUGCUAAAAAAGUUGAAACCCCUAAUAGCAAGUCAAGGAAACCUCCUAUUGACCGACAACGUGAAGACAUUGGUGCACUCAUUGACUGUGUGAUGAAGGAUGUCGGAUUCAGUCAAAGCAAGCCUGUUGCAGCUUUUACCAUCUACAAAUGUCUUCUUCACUGGAAAUCUUUUGAAGCAGAAAAGACUAGCGUGUUUGAUCGUUUAGUGCAGAUGAUUGGUUCUGCCAUUGAGAAUCAAGAUAGUGAUGACCACAUGGCAUACUGGCUGUCAAAUACCUCGACAUUGUUAUUGUUAAUCCAAAAAAGCCUGAAGCCAGACAGUGCAGUUGGUGAGACUCCUACCCGUAAACCACAGCCUGCAACAUCCCUGUUUGGGAGAAUGACAAUGGGUUUUCGCUCGUCCUCUUCUGACAUCAAUCUUGCUGGAGUAGUGCACCAGGUUCAAGCAAAAUACCCAGCUCUGCUUUUCAAACAGCAGCUUACAGCAUAUGUUGAGAAAAUGUAUGGAAUUAUUCGUGAUAACUUGAAGAAGGAGUUAGGGUCACUUCUUUCCUUAUGUAUCCAGGCACCAAGGACCUCCAAAGGAAGUGUGCUAAAGUCUGGUCGAUCCUUUGGUAAAGAUUAUUCAAUAAAUCACUGGCGAGGGAUAAUUGAAUGCCUUGAUUCUCUUCUCUGUACUUUGAAAGAAAACUUUAUGCCUCCGAUUCUUGUUCAGAAGAUAUUUAGUCAAGCAUUUUCAUACAUGAAUGUACAGCUCUUUAACAGUUUUCUUCUACGCCGGGAGUGUUGUACAUUCAGUAAUGCAGAAUAUGUUAAAUCUGGCUUGGCUGAGCUAGAGCUGUGGUGCUCCCAAGCAAAGGAAGAGUAUGCUGGCUCAUCCUGGGAUGAACUCAGACAUAUACGACAAGUUGUUGGAUUCUUGGUUAUACAUCAGAAGUACAGAAUUUCGUAUGAUGAUAUCACUAAUGAUUUGUGUCCUGUUCUCAGUGUCCAGCAACUUUACAGAGUUUGUACUCUUUACUGGGAUGACAAAUACAAUACACGAAGUGUCUCCCCAGAUGUCAUAUCUAACAUGAGGGUACUUAUGACAGAGGACUCGAAUGACGCCGAGAGCAACUCUUUUUUGUUAGAUGAUAACCCAAGCAUCCCAUUCUCAAUUGAAGAGGUUUCAAAUUCACUUCAAGUCAAGGAUUUCACAGAUGUAAAACCUGCAACCGAACUUCUUGAGAAUCCAGCCUUCCAAUUUUUACAUGAGUGAGGGCUAGGAACACCAAGAUUUUCUCGCGUUUGCAUGAAAAAUUAUUGUACCAUCCUCGACAGUCAUCCUCGAUUUCUUGUACAUUCAUCUUUUCCUAGUUCAGUUUUUUUUACCAAUAUAUCUUGAUGUAAUAUAAUUUUCUUUUGUGUAUAGUUAUAAUUCAUAGCAAAAGGUGUAGUGUGUAAGCAGUUGAGCUUUGUAUCUCUUUUGGUGGGGG